GGCAAACACUCUGGUCGCCCACCUGGGCGAGACCGAUACGACCCGGAUGGAGGGCACAGAGCAGAACAUAAACGCCGCCCUGGUCAUACGCCACCCCAACUACAAUGACAAGACCCAAGACAACGACAUCAUGCUGGUCAAACUGGCCCAGCCAGCGAAAUUCAACCAGUACGUCGCUCCCAUCCCGCUGCCUUCCAGCUGCCCAGCGGCCGGGACCUGGUGCCUGGUCUCCGGCUGGGGGAACCUCCUCACCCACGGAGUCGCCUACCCCGACAAACUGCAGUGCCUGCGAGAGCCGAUCAUCGCCAACGCACAGUGCAAGCAGGCGUAUCCUUAUUACUACAGCAGCAACAUGGUGUGCGCCGGAUUCAUGCAGGGCGGAGAGAGCACCUGCCAGGAAGCGUCCUCAGGGCCGGACCAGAUCAUCCAAGCCCGGGUUACCAAACUCCAGCUACAAGCCUGGUCUGCAAACUUUGCUUCAUCUCAGGAGGACUUCCCAUUACCCCUGUGCGAGAGCCCAGCCGGGCUGGCUCCGACUAGCGAUGACGCCUCUCUCUCUGUGUCUGCUUCGCAGGGAGACUCCGGAGGGCCUUUGGAAUGCAACGGGCAGCUGCAGGGAAUCGUCUCCUGGGGCUACGAGUGUGCCAUGAAGGGCCAUCCCAGUGUCUACACCAAAGUAUGCAAUUACACACCCUGGAUACACCAAAUGAUGUCUUCUUAUUAG